AUGCAGGCGUUGCAGGCGUGGGAUCCUAUAAAAAGGAUCAAAAUGCGACUGAGCGACCGACAGAAAAAGAAAGCAGAGCAAAACGAAACCUCGCCAACGACGAUGCAGACGCCACCUCCAUCAGGCAUUAUUGUGCCUCUGUACAUUUAUCCACUGUCGCCAACAACCUGGGAUCCACUCUAUGACUCCAUCUCCGCUUAUCCCGACCUGCAUUUUCUGGUCAUUGUCAAUCCCAACAGUGGACCGGGUGCCUCCCCAUUGCCAGACGCCAACUACGUUCGCGAAGUGGCUAGAUUGAAUCGUUAUGCGAACGUGGUCACCGUAGGUUACAUCGCCAUUAACUACUGCAAGAAGCCCCUCCAGGAAGCCUUGGAAGAGGUUCAGACAUAUGCCACCUGGGCUGAUGAUUACGUGAAAACUGGUCUGGGCGUGGGAGGCAUCUUCCUCGACGAGACUCCGAACCUCUCCUCCCCCGAAGCUGUCGAGUACCUGGCCAUCCUACAAGAUCGUAUUAAAAGCACGCCGGGGCUUUUAGGUAACCGAUUGGUCAUCCAGAACCCAGGAACACCGCCAGAUGCGCCCCUGGCUAAUAUAGGACCCGAUCUGAUCCUGACUUGCGAGGAACCUUAUUCUCGUUAUCGGUCGAAUGAAGUCCAGCAACGCCUCCGCCAACUCCAUUACGAUCGGGCCAGAUGUGGAUUUAUGAUACAUUCGGUACCACGGGAUGACUUGCGCCCAUUGGUGCACGACCUACGUCAUCGGGCGGCAUACCUAUUUGUUACUGAGUUGUUUGCAACACCGCCAGUGUUUCAUGUCUGUCCUGUCCCUUGGAAAAGGUUUCCCCGGAACAACCCAGUAAGGUUCCUGAUGGAUGCUUUUCCCAUCGUUUUGCCGACCGAGUGUAUUGUUUUUUUUGGAUUAUCAUCAUGUUCAGUGCACAUAGAACCGAGCGGAUCACUCCGGGUGUUCUUAAGCGAACAUCUCCGAGAACGGACCAUCAAGAAACAUAGACGAUUCUUUACACUAGAGAAAAUCACUACACUAUUCCCUAGUAUCCUCCUCCCACCGUUCACGCUAGGGACUGACAAGUUCUUCGUUUCACCAGUGGAACCUCAAUUCCGGUUCCUCAGGUACAAGCGAUCCCUCCUCAGGGGAAAAGUGGACCCCGUCCCAAGUUUUCCUCAAUCCCGUACCGUAGCAAUGGGCCCGGAUGCCGAAUCGGCUCUUCAAAUUCAAAAUCAAACCCAGCUCGUGCUCGGCAAUGGCAAAAGAUAA